AUGUUGGAAUUUUAUCCAAUGCCCACAAAUCUAAAUCAUGGUGCUUCUUUGUACAUGCAACAACAAAAUCUUGGCGGUGCCCGGUUUUUAGAUAAUCCAGCUCAACAGCAAAUGCCACAUAACACCAACAAUAACAAUAUAACUCAAUACCCCUCAUCAACACAAGUACAACAACAACAACAACAGCAACAACAACAACAACAACAGUACCACCAAAUGUUAACUUCACCCCAUCAUCCAACUGCAUGUCCACCUUUAAAUAACGCUACAUUAGCUACCUGCCCGUUAACUACAUUAAAUUCCGCUCAAGCCGCACUUAAUAGUAAUCCAAGUGAUGAUAUUCCGGCUAUUAUUGGUGUAUCAAACAGUAGUAAUUGUUUAGCACCAUUGCCCAACAAUCAAAAUUCAAGCGGUAAUAAUAGUCAAACACCAAAUCAAAAUCUUUCUGCGAUUUUAAAUAAAGCGAACAACACAAGCAGCAACAAUUUGACAACAUGUUCGACUAAUAACAGUAAUAAUAACCAUAAUCUUAUGCUAACGUCUUUAGCUAAUGGCAGUAGUAAUAUCAGCAGUAGCGAUAGCAACAAUACCAGCAUUAAUAACAAUAAUAAUGUUAAAAAGCUCGCGCCUCCGAUAUCAUCAUUAUCCUCUACACCUUCCUCAGUAGCAAUAACAGCUCCAUCUGCAGCAGCACUGCGCUCCUUAAAAGUUACAGAUUGUAACGGACGCACUGAAGUCGAUCAAAUUAAAUGUGAAAAGAAUUUUGAAGUCUGCGAAGGUUGCGGUCAGAAAAUUCACGAUCGAUAUUUAAUGAAUGUUGGCCAUACAAAUUGGCAUGAAAGUUGCUUGGCCUGUUGCUAUUGCGGUAUGCAAUUGCGGCAAACGUGUUACGUGCGCAACUCAAAAUUGUACUGUAAAAUGGAUUAUGACAGACUUUUUGGCUUUAAGUGCGCUGCCUGCUGUCAUCCUAUCUUAGCGCACGAUAUGGUUAUGCGGCCGUUACCUACUUUAAUAUUUCAUUUAUCUUGUUUUGUUUGUUUCGCCUGUCGUUUGCCGCUGCAGAAAGGCGAACAAUUUUUGCUACGUGAUGGUCAGAUUCUUUGUUUUCGUCAUGACUUGGAGAAAGAAUUGUUUUUUGCUGCUCACAACUGCGGUUAUCUAGGCUUAGACGAUGACGAUAUGUUGAGGCCACGCGACGGUCGGCGAGGGCCAAAACGGCCGCGAACUAUACUAACUUCACAGCAAAGAAAGCAAUUCAAAGCUUCAUUUGAACAGUCACCGAAGCCUUGUCGCAAAGUACGCGAGGCGUUGGCCAAAGAUACCGGUCUAUCCGUACGAGUGGUGCAGGUAUGGUUUCAAAAUCAACGCGCGAAAAUGAAAAAAAUUCAACGUAAAACCAAGAAUAAUAACAACAACGGUGGCGGCGGUAAUAACAAUAGUCAACGAACGGAAGACAAGGACAAGGAAAAACUAGAUAAAGAUGAAAUUAAGCAAGAAAUUGGUUGCACAGGUCUAAAUGAAAAUCUGUACUUGAGCUUAGAUGGUAGCAAUUACGUCAGUCAACCUUUAAAUCCAAAUAUACCUUUCUCUCCAGACGAUUAUCCUGCCAAUUCCAAUGACAGCUUCUGUAGUUCCGACUUAUCUUUAGAUGGUAGCAAUUUUGAUAAUUUGGACGAUGACACUGACUCAUUGUCACUUAACAAUUUGGAACUGCGAUCGACUGGUUCGUCAGGACAUCAUAACCAACAUCACCAUCACAGUCAUCCGCACGAUAUGUUGGCCAAUUUAAAUAACAGCCUAACGAAUCCCAUCGAUAAAUUGUAUCUUAUGCAAAAUUCCUACUUUCAGGGAGGAUCCUAA